AUGGCUACUGGUUCGUUGGUCUCUGCUGCUCUAAAAAGGCUUGAGGGGAAGGUGGCUCUGAUUACCGGUGGUGCAAGCGGCAUCGGCGAGGCCACGGCGAGACUCUUCUCUCAAAAUGGAGCUAAAGUCGUUAUAGCUGACAUCCAAGACGAACAAGGUCACUCUAUUUGUCAAGAGUUACACGAAUCAUCAGCUUCUUAUGUUCAUUGCGACGUGACAAAUGAAAAAGACAUAGAAAACGCAGUGAACACAACGGUUUCCAAGCACGGUAAACUGGACAUCAUGUUUAACAACGCUGGCAUAACCGGUGUAAAUAACACCAACAUACUUGAAUACAAAUUAUCCGAUUUUCAACAAGUGAUUAACGUUAACUUGGUUGGUGUCUUUCUCGGAACAAAACACGCUUCAAGAGUAAUGAUCCCUGCUAAAGGAGGUAGCAUAAUUAACACAGCUAGUGUUUGUGGAAGCAUAGGUGGUGUGGCUUCACAUGCUUACACGAGUUCAAAGCAUGCAGUUGUGGGAUUGACGAGGAACACGGCGGUCGAGCUUGGAGCAGCCGGUGUUCGGGUGAACUGUGUGUCUCCUUAUGUUGUUGCUACUCCGUUGGCUAAGAAUUUCUUUAAGCUUGAUGAUGAUGGGUGUUUAAGCGUUUAUUCCAACUUAAAGGGUGCUAGUCUUUUGCCAAAUGAAGUGGCUGAAGCUGUUUUGUACUUGGGAAGUGAUGAGUCUAAGUAUGUUAGUGGUCACAAUCUUGUUGUUGAUGGAGGAUUUACAGUGGUAAACAAUGGAUUUUGUGUCUUUGGACAAUCUGUAUGA